AUGGCCGAUGCCCAGAUCUCGGACAAGGUUGCGGUCGCGCCCGAGUCCACCGUCGACCAUGGCAAGGAGCCCGAGUCUAGCCAGCAAGAGGUCGUCGUCGCUCCCGUCUCGAGCAAGAAGCAGUCGCUUUCAGACAUCUUCACUAUUUUUUGCUCUGGCUUUGCCCUCAUUUCCGAUGGCUACCAGAACAACCUCAUGACCAUGACCAAUGUCUUGUUCAAGAAGGAGUACCCCCACGAGUACACCUCUUCAGUCAGCACCCGUGUCUCCAAUGCGCUCCUGGUGGGCGAAAUUCUCGGCCAAGUCGUCGUCGGUCUGACCUGCGAUUACCUCGGGCGUAAAACCGCCAUUAUCGCGACCACGCUCAUGAUUGUCCUUGGUGGCAUCAUGGCGACGGCUUCUCACGGCAUCACCAUCGACGGCAUGUUCUGGAUGCUGACCAUUUCUCGUGGUAUCGUCGGCUUCGGCGCUGGCGGCGAGUAUCCCGCUGCCAGUGCCUCAGCCUCUGAAGCUGCCAACGAACACACCCUAAGCCACCGUGGCCCGGUCUUCAUUCUCGUCACCAACUUGCCGCUUUCUUUCGGCGGCCCUCUAGCUGUCUGCGUAUUCCUUAUUGUUCUCUCUGCCGCUGGAGAAAACCACCUGUCUACCGUCUGGCGUGUCUGCUUUGGCAUCGGUGUUCUCCUGCCCUUGACCGUCUUCUAUUUCCGUCUCAAGAUGCUCAACUCGAAGCUAUACCGUCGUGGCGCCAUCAAGAAGAGGGUACCAUAUAUGCUCGUGAUCCGUUACUACUGGAAGGCUUUAAUUGGAACCUGCGGCGCCUGGUUCCUGUACGACUUCAUCACCUUUCCCAAUGGUGUCUUCUCCGGCACCAUCAUCUCCAGCGUCGUCUCCAAGACUGGCAGCCUCCGCAGCACCGCCGAAUGGCAGCUGCUCCUCGGAUCUAUUGCUCUUCCCGGUGUCUUCCUUGGCGCAUUCUUCUGCGACCGCCUUGGCCGCAAGAAUGUCAUGAUGAUUGGCUUCUCUGGCUAUCUGAUCUUUGGCCUCAUCAUCGGCCUCGCCUAUAACAAGAUUGUCAACAUCAUUCCCCUCUUCAUCAUCUUUUACGGUCUCAUGCUCAGCUUCGGCAACUUUGGACCUGGUGACAUGUUGGGCCUCAUUUCUUCAGAGAGCUACGCUACUAGUGUCAGAGGUACCUGCUACGGUCUCAGUGCUGCUGUUGGAAAGGCUGGCGCCGCAAUUGGUACCGAAGCCUUCAAGCCCAUCCAGGACAAUCUCGGCAAGAAGUGGACUUUUAUCAUUGCUGCCAUUUGCGGUGUCGCUGGUAUUCUCGUCACCUUCUUCUUCGUCCCCAAACUUACAGGCGAAGAUCUGUCCAAGCAAGACGAGAAGUUUAGAGCUUAUUUGCUGGCCAACGGAUGGAAUGGUGAAAUGGGUGAACAAGACUUGGCAGCACUCGCCGAAGACGUCCAUGAUGUUGAGACCCCAUCUGAGGAGGAGAUUCAUGACGAGAAAAAGGCGCUGUAA